AUCCAUAGUGUAGCUUAUCAGCGGUAGUUUGUAAAGAGCGGAUAGUUCCUCAAAGCGCAGCUGUUUUUGAUGGUAGUCGGGGAAAGAGAAAUCGCCAUCCACCGCUUCGUCUACGUUUAUGUUUUGUGCAGUUUCCCGAGCACUGCAUCAUAACUAAUUAAGAAAAACAGCAAACAUGAAGGUGAAAGAAAUAGAUAGAACGGCGAACGUUGCCUGGUCGCCGGCGGUGCACCACCCGAUUUACAUUGCAGCCGGCACAGCCGCCCAGCAGCUGGAUUCCACGUUCAGCACGACGGCUGCACUAGAGAUAUAUGCACUGAACCUUACGGAGCCAGGAUUGGAUAUGGGACUUGUGGGAACGCUAGAUUCGGAUCACAGGUUUCAUAAGGUUGCCUGGGGCUGCCACGGGAUAUCAGAUGGCGAGAUGCCCAGUGGUGUACUUGUUGGAGGUGCUGAUGCUGGUAACCUGCUCGUGUAUGACCCAGCAAAACUCGCCAAGGGAGAGAAUGCACUCGUCUGCCAAAAGAACAAGCAUACAGGCCCUGUCUAUGCACUUGAUUUCAACACAUUUCAGGCAAACCUUCUGGCUUCAGGGUCAACGGAUUCAGAAAUCUUCAUCUGGGACCUUAAUAGUCCUAAUGCACCUAUGACUCCUGGGGCCAAAUCUCAGCCAAAUGAAGAUAUCAGCUGCCUGGCAUGGAAUCGGCAAGUGCAGCACAUUUUGGCCUCUACCUUUCCAGCGCGAUGCAUUGUUUGGGACUUGCGCAAGAAUGAGCCCAUUAUCAAGGUGUCGGACACAACUGCCAGGGUGCAUUGCAAGGCUGUGGCAUGGCACCCUGAAGUGGCCACUCAGCUGUGCCUGGCCUCUGAGGAUGACCAUUCACCUGUGGUGCAGCUUUGGGACUUGCGAUUUGCGACCUCUCCACUGAAGACACUUGAGCACCAUCAGAAGGGUGUUCUGUCUAUUGCUUGGUGCCCACAAGACCCGGACCUCCUGUUGUCAUGCGGCAAGGACAACAGGAUACUUUGCUGGAACCCAAAUUCUAAUGUACAGGGUGGUGAGGUCGUGUGUGAAAUCCCGACUGGCAACCAGUGGCAUUUUGAUGUAGCUUGGUGCCCACGCAACCCAGCAGUCAUCUCAAGCGCAUCUUUUGACGGCCACGUGGGCAUCUACUCACUGCUUGGAGGCCAGCAGCAGGCCCAGGCAAGCCCAAAGCUUGCGGAGUCCUUUCCUGGUGCUGACACGCUGGCUCAGUUGCCACCAGCAUUCCAGCAACAGCAGCAGCAGCAGCAGCAACAACGGGGUGUCACUAUCUCACUUCUCAAGCCACCGAAGUGGCUUCGCAAGCCUGUUGGUGCUUCAUUUGGGUUUGGAGGAAAGCUGAUUUCCUUUACCAAGCAGCAGCCACAGCAGCAGUCAGGUGGUGUGCCUGUGGCUCAACUGAUCCACAUCAGUCAAGUAGUAACAGAACAGGCCCUAAUGACUAGGUCAUCUGAACUGGAGGCUGCAUUAAGUACAGGCACUUUUGCUGACUUCUGCCAACGCAAGGUUCAAGACUGUCAGGGAGACCCAAACUUGAGGCUUGCCUGGUCUUUUCUUCAGGCUAAUUUUGAGGCAUCUCCAAGGGCAAAAAUGCUUUCACUACUUGGUUACGACCCUGAUGAUGUGACAAGCCAGUUGUCACUAGCUGGCCAUGAAUCGGAGGACACAGAUGACCAGGACCUCUCCAAUGACAUUGGCAGCUUGUCACUCAAUGCAACGAGUGAUGAGGAUGACUCAGAGCGGUGUAGUUCUCCCUCCUCAGACUUCAGCAAUGGUGAUCUUGUGGAGGACAGCUCGAGUGCCUUUGAUUGCAUUGCUGCAAAGCAUAAGGAAAAGGAGUUCACACCUUUCACCAUUUCUACAAGCUCAGGGGAUGCAGACAGCCUGCUGAACAAGGCGCUACUAACAGGCAAUGUGGAGGCGGCUGUGAACUUGUGCCUGCAAGAUGGCCGCUGGGCUGAUGCCCUUAUUUUGGCACAGGCCGGUGGCGUGGCACUUCUGCAGAGAACACAGUGUCGCUACUUCAAGCAGGCUACUUCAGAUUCAGCAAAGCUCAUUUCAGCGGUUGUGCACUCCAACUGGGUGAAUGUCGUGGAAAACUGUGAAAUCGACUGCUGGAAGGAGGCCCUGGCAGCUGUACUUACCUAUGCCAAGCCUGAGGACUUUGCAGUACUUUGUGAGAGCCUCGGGAAUCGGUUGGAGAACGAGAACACAGCACUGGUGCCAUAUGCAAUGCUCUGCUAUAUCUGUGCGGGCAACUUGGAGAAGCUGGCGAGUUGCUGGGUACGGCUUCAAAUAAAGGCUGAUAGUCCACAGUCACUUCAGGAGCUGGUGGAGCAGGUGAUGGUUCUUAGGGCAGCUGUCAGCCAGCUGGGUUCGCAGCCGCAGCCUAUCGAGUCUGGAGUGCUCUCAAGCCUGCUGAGUCGCUAUGCGGCACUGCUUGCUGCUCAGGGAAGUCUGAACAGUUCUAUCAACUACCUGCUUGACACCUCGGAGCCAUCACUAGCAAUUCUGCGGGAUCGUAUCUGCCAGCACCUGGGUAUGCCUUCACCACACUUCCCAUUCCCAAGAGUUGAAGUCCAGGGUCAGUUCUCAGCACCAUUGGCAGGUGGCAACAUUCAGCACAGUGGGCGCUUGACAGCGGGAGGCUCCAGAGCUGGCCUUUCAUCAUCACUUGGAACUCGUUUCACUGGCAACACAGUAGCGUCACAUACACGCAUGGCUGCCACGGUGUCAUCACAGUCCCAGGCCUUCUACCAAGGGGGCCAGCAGGUUCCUCCAGCGGCAGCAUCUGUCAACCAGUUUGGCCGCCGAGAUUCAGGAGCAUAUGCUGGCUACGGGGUAUCGGCGUCUCAACAUGCAGAGCCGGCCUUCCAACCUCCAGUCGCACCUACGCCGCCACCACCAGUGGACUCUGUGUCAUCUAUGUCGCACAGCAAAGGUCCGCGGUCUCGGUACCCCAGUGUUCAUGACCCUUGUGUAUACAACGAGCAGCAGCAGGGCUAUGGACAGAGCUACUACCAGCCACCAUCGCAGAUGCCUUACCCCUCUUCACAGGCGCAGAACUAUAUGCCACAGCCGUACUCGCAGUCAGUGCCUGCCUACUAUUCUCAGGACCAGGGAUUUGAAGACCAAAAUUCUACCUAUACAUUAGCGCACUCCACUACGCCGCAGUACACAAGUGUUUAUGGAGUAUCAGCAGUCUCGUCCAAUGCAAGUAUCCAGUCUUCUCAGCUAUCGCCAUCACCUGUGGCGCCUAGCAUAGCUCCUUUGCCAUCUUCCAGUUUGCUAGGUAAUCCACCUCCACCAGGCUGGAAUGACCCACCUCCUGUGAAGCCGUCGGCCAAGCAACUGUCACAAGGUUCAUCCGUGCCAACGUUUGACCUGGCAGCCCCCAUUACGAUGCCCCUUGUUGGUGCCCCAGCACCAACUGUGCCUGAAGCAACUCCACCUAGCUUUCAGGGUGGAUAUGUUCCACCACCAAUGCCACAAUUUGCCUCCCAGCCACUGCCUUCAGGGGCACAAGCACUGCCACAACAGGAUGUUCCUCCUCACCUUUCAAUCCUCAAUCCACUUGCCGCUGCAGCAGCAGCACCUGCAUCUCCAGCUGUCCCGCCACCGCCACCAAAGGAAAAAGGUCCUAUUCCUAAGGAGAAUCAAGUCUUACAAGAGGUUUUUGAGCAGCUACGGUUGAACUGUACCCAUGCUGCCGUCAACCCCCAAAUCAAGCGGAAGCUGGAUGACGUUGCACGGAAGCUUGAAAACAUGUAUGACAGGUUACGAGAAGACACAAUUGCGCCGGCGACAACACACGGCCUCCACCAGAUUGUGCAGGCCAUCCAGCAGAAUGACUACGCAACUGCGCUGAGCAUUCACAGCUACCUGGUGUCCUCAUCCAACUUCUCCGAGACCAGCAGCUUUUUACCGGGGCUCAAGGCACUGCUCCAAGUCGCCCAGCAGCUGGGGGUGUACGUACAAUAGCCCCACACUGUUGUUUCUGCUUGGGUCUUCUGCGUCUCUGAUGCCUUGCCCCUCCCCCCACCACACACACCUUUAUUGUUUUCCCAUUUUCUUCUCCCUUUUUAAAAGAAACCAAAACAGCGCCUUCUCACACUUUUAUUAAAGAAUGUUGGGUCGGAGGAAAUUUCAGUACUGCUACUUCUUCUGUGAGCCCUUGAACUGCAAAGUGUAUUCUGCAAAACAACAAUCAUGUCUGUGUGUUCUUACAAUAAUUUUUCUGUAGCUUACUUUUUUUUCAUAUGCUGCUUUUAUUUUUGUAGUUACUUUUAUGGAGCUGUUUUUACCAAGAAUCUGGCUUGUGAGGGGCACAAGUUGUUUGUGACCUACUUUUUGGUCUGCUUGUGGGAAUGAAUCGAUAAUGAGAGUGUGUGACUAUGCUUGGGGUAGUCACAAGUGUGACAUGUUCUCUCCUUCGGUGACUGCACUUUGCCAACCUCUUAAGGUGCAGUGUAGAGUAUAUUUUGCACAAAGUGUGACACACAAACACUAUUGGAUGGGUCCUAGUUAGCAUAUUUAGUUGUAUGUGGAGCAACUGUUGAAUUCUUGUGGUAAGCCCAAACUGAAACAAAACUUAUUUACUUGCUGAGGCUUGCUCCCUUAAUUCAGGACAGUUGAUGAGCCAUGUUGACUGACACAUGCCUGAUUGUGUUAGCUUUAUUGGUUCUACUGAAAUGAGUGUGUUGUGUGAGAAUAAUUAUUUUUUGCUCAUAAUAAAGAAGCACUUGUAAUAGAAAAAGCUCUCAGGUGUUUAUAGGUGACUUUAGAUACUCUUAGGUUGCAGUGCAAUGAAAAAUAGGCAAUGAAAAAGGUUGCAAUGAAAAGUAGGCAAGUGAUCACUCUUUUUCAUUCUUAUGUGAAUUAUUUGUUAUCUUAGUCAGGCUUGGGAGAAUAGAUUUUCAGAACUUGUAAUUUGGGUGCGCACUUGUUGCAGUUUGUUUUUAUAAUGAGAAUUAUUAUUGGCACAAACGUUUGCAUUGAUGGAGAAAGGUGAUCCUGAAAAGCAGUAGUCUGCUUUGAAUGGCUUAGUUGGUAACUGUGUCAUGUUACCAACUAAAAGAGAGAAUAUAUAUCUAGGGGUGCAGCUGGAGGUGUCGUUAGCUUUUUUUUAAAACAGGAGAUCUCUAGAUCCUUCUUCGAGAAAGCCCUGUUGCACUAUGAGCAGGACAUGCAUUUGUAUAGGAAUGGACUUGAGUGCUCAACACUUUUCAUUUGCAUGAUAGUGCAUCAGGCAGUGUUACUGGCUAGUUAUCCUUGAAGAUAUUAGUCUAUGUUGAACUAUCUUUUUUCUCAUCAUAUCACCGUAUCUAUGCAUUCUAGCAGCCUGGUCCUAAAUUUUUCCAACAAAUCAUUUUCACCCUUUAUGUGUUGUCCUGAAGCGCACUGUUUCAAGGUUGCAAUGUGAAGAAUAAAAGGAACGAGGAAGCUUGUACGUUUCUUUUGUUUUGUUGGCACAUGUUCUGGGCAUGGCGUGCAAAAGGUCUGGUGCCACAUGUUAUUGCUAUGCUCAUUGUGGGGUGCUGGUGAACUUUGUGCUGUCUAGUUACUGGCAGUGUUAUGCACUGGGCAGGUAUUGCUACUGGUUGUGGCGCAAUUCAUGAAACUGCACCAUGUAAUAUUGUAAUUUCCAGGCAUAAGUUCUGGAAAUUUGUGGAAGUAGGUUUCAUUUCUGGAAGCUACUUUUCCACAAAAACAAUGUAAAGUUUGUAUUAAAAGUCAUAUGUUUCUCA